UCUCUCUCUCUCUCUCUCUCUCUCUGUUCUUUAUUCCUUCCUUGGAGAUCUCCGGUCUCCCGCUUCUUCUUCUUCUUCUUCUUCCUCUCCCCCACCUCCCAAUCGAAGGUUCUCGAAGAUCCGCGAAGCUUCUACUAGAAGCUUCUCGCCGAGUCGGGAUCCCCAAAUAUGAGGGUUUUGCAACUGGGACUCGCCGUCGCCCUCGCCUCCGGCGUCGCCGCCAUCCUCAUCUAUAUCUCCGGCCUCUCCCAUUCCUAUGAUGGGUCUCGCGUGUCGGAUGAGGACAUGGGCGCCCUAAUGGCGCUCCAGAGCGGUUUCAGGAAGUGCGUGAGUGCUAACGGACUAGGCUUACAAGCAGAGGGCGGCAGGGAUUAUUGUCAAGUUACAAUACGGUAUCCAAGUGACACAGUGCCUAAGUGGAGAGAUCCGAAAACUGGAGAGCUUGAAAGUUUGUCUUUUGAUUUCAAUCUCUGUGAAGCAGUCGCUACAUGGGAACAGGUUCGUAAUAGUACCACAAUACUGACAAAGGAGUAUAUAGAUGCUCUGCCAAAUGGUUGGGAGGAAUAUGCAUGGCGUAGGAUAAACAAAGGAAUACUCCUCAAUCAAUGCAAGAACAGAACACUGUGUAUGGAAAAGCUUUCGCGUGUUCUUCCUGAAACACCACCAUAUGUACCGAGGCAGUUUGGUCGAUGUGCUGUUAUUGGUAAUUCUGGAGACCUUCUUAAAACAGAAUUGGGGGAAGAAAUAGAUGGUUAUGAUGUUGUUGUUAGAGAAAAUGGUGCACCCAUACAGAAUUACACAAAGUAUGUUGGUAGUAAGAGUACAUUUCGCCUUCUUAAUAGAGGAUCUGCGAAGGCACUCGAUAAAGUUGCUGAAUUAGAUGAAACAAGAAAGGAAGUGCUGAUCGUUAAGACAACUAUCCAUGAUAUCAUGAAUAAGAUGAUUCGGGAAGUUCCAAUAACCAAUCCAGUCUAUCUCAUGCUAGGCACAUCGUUUGGUUCUUCUGCUAAGGGAACGGGUGUUAAAGCUCUCGAAUUUGCUCUCUCUAUUUGUGAUACUGUUGAUAUGUAUGGCUUUACGGUGGAUCCAGGCUACAAGGAAUGGACAAGGUACUUUUCCGAGUCUAGACAGGGGCAUACUCCAUUACAGGGUAGGGCAUAUUAUCAAAUGAUGGAAUGUCUAGGACUCAUCAAAAUCCACUCUCCAAUGCGGGCGGAUCCUAACCGGAAAGUGGACUGGUUACCAAGUCAGAGCAUCCUGAAUGCUGCCCGAGUUGCAUCUGAGAAAUUGCUACGGGUGGGAGCCGGAAAAGAAGGCCCAUUGAGCUCUUGCUCGAUCAUAAAGAAGCGCGGCAAGGGAAAGACUCCUCAAAGGUCCGGCCUCCGAGAGCCUGCUAUCAAGCAUCAAAAUUAUGCAAAAGGCGCUACCUUGUACCCUGUUGAACGGAACUCGGGGAAUGGGAUGCUAUGUAUGCUCCCAACUACUUGAAGGAUCGGAUAAUCUGACCAAAGAGAGAUUAUACGACCAUAAUAUUAAUCGGAUUAUCAAUUGCCAAAUUUUUAAUUCCUUUUGGCAAGUUUUUAGCAUGCCUUCUCUUCUCUCGCUGUGAUGCUGGUUUAAAAAGGUUUCUGGAAGGACUUUGGCUCAUUUUUUGGGCGACAGAAAGAAAUGCUGCAGAUCGCUAGGAGGCGCCUUUGUUUGUUUUUGAAGUUUAGAGUUAAAGCUCUCACCUGGGUUUCUAGUAUUAGUUGAUGCGUAAAAUUUUUUGAUUCUUUGAGGUCUUGCAUGAUACCUUUUAGUUCGGUUGUCAUGCGAAGAUUAAGCAAUGAUAUUCUUUUUAUUGGAUAUUGUACCUAAAGAUGUUUAUUAUACUAUAUAUUCUCUCUUUUGCAUUAUUUA